GGGGCUUUUCUUCCGUCACGACACACACACACUUACACCCGCAGAGCUUCCAAGCAUUGUCGGAUUGGUUUUAGGGAUCCGAGUUUUCUCGCGCAGGCCUCCCGUGAUCUAGAGUCGCGAUUCGCAAGGCGCGGAUUUUCUCCUCCCCGGCGCCCUAGCGGAUGCAGCGGAUUGGAGAGGAGGGGUGGGGGAUGCGCGGCGCCAGCGCCGGCGGCUUAGAUCACUCCAGCUCUAGCUCGGCGUGAAGAGCCAAGAGAAUCCAUUUCCAGAGGAAGGAAGAAACAAGAGGCAAUGGACGAAGAAUCGUCAAAGCAGUUCUCGUUGGAUUUGAGCUUGAGAACAGGCGACUCGGACGGAGCAAUGGCAUCGACAGUAACAGUGUUUAGGAGGAGCAGCAGCAGCGACGAGCAACAGCAGCAACUACAGCACUUCCACCACCAUCAACAACAACAGCAGCAGCAGCAGCAGAGCUCGAGUAACUUCCUUUCGGUCGAUCGAUCGUCCGUGGGGUACAACAUGUUCCAGCAGCAGCAAAGCUUGAUGGAGGAAGGCAGUCCCCUUGACGAAGAUCACAGCGACGAGAUAGUCGGGGACAACGAGCUCAAGGCGAGCGAGUGGGUCUCUCCAAGCUCUAGCUCGGAUCGAGGGGGCGGGGGAGGAACAGCGACGCCUCCUCCGUCGACCACCACCAUGCUCGAUGGCGCCGGCAGCGGCGUGCAGGGGUCGGAGCCCAGGCAAUUCGCCUGCACUUACUGCCAGCGGAAGUUCCCGAGCUCGCAAGCUCUCGGCGGCCACCAGAACGCGCACAAGCGGGAGCGCACCGCGGCACGGAGGAUCCAGCGGUGUGGCACGGCGGCGGCGGCGGCGGCGGCAGCAGCGGCGGCUGCGUCGAGCACCAUAACCGGCAGGUUCACGGGCCUCGGCCAGCCAAACUUUGGAGCUUUGCACCAUCACCACUUUGGUCACGGAGGAGGAGGAGGAGGAGGAGGAGGAGGAGGAGGAGCUGGAGGAGGAGGCGGAGGAGGAGGAGUUUCUUCCAGUGGAGUGACUUUGAGUCGAUCGCUAUGCUUGCAAGCUCACUCCGGCAACCACAAGACCUCUCCACAAGGCGUUCUCUCGGACGCUUCCGCCAUUCAAACCAGCGUUGGAAACGGUCUCAGCGUCACCAACGCCAGCUCUACGUCGCAGCUCCCGCAGGGACACCAUGGCUGGUCCAAGCCUUUCAUCUCGACGCAGCCGGGGGUGGGGAAGUGCGUUGCACCCGAGAUGAUUGGAAAGUUUGGACGAGGCGUGGGUGCCAAGUUCAACGAUAUGUCCGGGGGUGGCGGUGCCGCUGGUUUCGGAUUCGAUGAUGCGAUGAGCAGCAGCAAGAGAUGGCCGGGGAGUUUUCACUUCCUUCCCAGCAGCACCGCAGACCAAGUUCUUCACGCGGCCGCUACUGCCGCCGCUGCCAGCAAUUCGGGAAGUUUCCAAAGAUGUGUUGUCCAGAACCCGGGACUCCAAUGGGAGGAGUCGUCGCCGCUCGAUCUCUCGCUACAUCUCUAGAGGUUUUUUUCUUCUUUUUGCUUUUUUGCUUUCUAGCUCUCUCAUGCUUGGCUUUUCUUCAGACAGUUUUUUCAUGCGGAUCACACAGACAGAGACGAUAGAGAUGGUCAGUGUGAAAAAUCGGUAUCCGUCCCCGCUGUAAUUUUUUUUUCCCUUUUUUUCUGCUUUUCUUUUUUCUUGUCACUCUUUGGUUUAUGAGCUGGUCUUUUUUUUCUUAUGUUUGUCUAAGGUGUACACUAUUUUACGUAGCUAGCAGUGUGAAAGAGAGCCAUUUGAUGUGAAUUUGGAUAGUGCGGAGACAUCCUCCUUUCUCUGAAAUACAAGAGCGUCGUUAUCAGUUCCAUUUCGAGGUG